AGAAGUAUGAACCGUAAGUCUUGUCUCUGUUUAUGAAUAACGAACGAAUAUGCCGAUACGAACUAAACCUCACAUUUUCUCAUUAACAAUUGUUUUAAACUUCACGGUCUGUUUUUGUUGUGUCGAACGUCAAUAUUUGUGUGUUUAAUUAUUAACAGAAAUAACUUUAAGUAAGAUGGACGACCAAAGUAUUACUUUAGAUGUAAAUCCUAAAGCGUAUCCUUUAGCUGACCAACAAUUGACAACUAAAAUUUUAAAUUUGGUCCAACAAGCUAUGAAUUAUAAGCAAUUACGCAAAGGAGCAAAUGAAGCUACUAAAACUUUAAACAGAGGUAUAUCUGAAUUUAUAGUAUGUGCAGCAGAUGCAGAACCUUUAGAAAUAUUGUUGCAUUUACCACUGUUAUGUGAAGAUAAAAAUGUGCCGUAUGUUUUUAUCAGAUCUAAGCAAGCACUGGGUCGAGCAUGUGGUGUUUCAAGGCCUGUCAUAGCAUGUUCUAUAACCACCGAUGAAGGAUCCCAAUUACGGCCUCAAAUACAACAAGUUCAGACUGAAAUUGAAAGACUAUUGGUUUAAUUAUAUAUAUAUUUUAACAUUUUAUAAUACUAAUUUCCAAAUAAUAAGGACAAUUAUUGACAAA